AUGUUCUUCCUCCUCUCUCUCUCUCUCUUUUCUUCCUCUCAUUCCUUCCUCUCCUCUUCCUCCCUUCUCUCUUCCUCUUCCCUUGCCCUCCCUUCUUUUUCCCUCCCUCUCCCCUCCUCUCCCCCCGCCCUCCCCUCCUCUCCCCCCGCCCUCCCCUCCUCUCCCCCCGCCCUCCCCUCCUCUCCCCCCGCCCUCCCCUCCUCUCUCCCCGCCCUCCCCUCCUCUCCCCCCGCCCUCCCCUCCUCUCCCCCCGCCCUCCCCUCCUCCCCCCCCGCCCUCCCCUCCUCUCCCCCCGCCCUCCCCUCCUCUUCCCCUGCCCUCCCCUCCUCUCCCCCCGCCCUCCCCUCCUCUCCCCCCGCCCUCCCCUCCUCUCCCCCCGCCCUCCCCUCCCCUCACCCCGCCCUCCCCUCCUCUCCCCCCGUCCUCCCCUCCUCUCCCCCCGCCCUCCCCUCCUCUCCCCCCGCCCUCCCCUCCUCUCCCCCCGCCCUCCCCUCCUCUCCCCCCGCCCUCCCCUCCUCUCCCCCCGCCCUCCCUCCUCUCCCCCCGCCCUCUCCUCCUCUCCCCCCGCCCUCCCCUCCUCUCCCCCCGCCCUCCCCUCCUCUCCCCCCGCCCUCCCCUCCUCUUCCCCCGCCCUCCCCUCCUCUCCCCCCGCCCUCCCCUCCUCUCCCCCCGCCCUCUCCUCCUCUCCCCCCGCCCUCCCCUCCUCUCCCCCCGCCCUCCCCUCCUCUCCCCCCGCCCUCCCCUCCUCUUCCCCCGCCCUCCCCUCCUCUUCCCCCGCACUCCCCUCCUCUUCCCCCGCCCUCCGCUCCUCUUCUAGGGCAAUGUAGCCUUCUCUUGUGUGCUUGCCUUAUCGCUCGCUCCUUCUCCCCUCUUCCCCCCCCCCCGCCCACUGCAGUUACCAAGGCCAGCGACAAGCCAACCUUCUUCCUAUUCCCUUGUCUCAUCGAUCCGCACUCUCCCCCCUCCCCCCGUUUCCCCCCGCUGCAGGUGCCACAGUCCGUGGCAGGACAGGCCAACCUUCCCGCUUCCCAAGUACCACAGUUCGUGGCGGACAGGUGGCACAAGGCGGCGGACGAGCCAACCUUCCUUCUGCUCACUUGCCCCAUUGCUCUUGGUGGCGGGCAGAUGGCUCAAGGCUGUCGACAAGCCAACCUCGUACCACAGUUCGUGGCGGACGGGUGGCACAAGGCAGGGGACAAGUCAGCCCCCCCAAUCCCCGUGUUCCCCUCUGCCCCUGUUCCGCCCUCUUACUCCACCCCCUUCCGCCCACCGCAGGUACCCCAGUUCGUGGCGGACAGGUGGCACAAGGCAGGCGACAAGCCUGCGGGGGAGGCAGCAGGGGGAGGAGGUACGGCGCAGGGCGCCCCCUCCACGCCUCCGCCACCUGGGGGGGGAGCGGGGGGAGCGGGAGUGGGCGUGGUGGGGCGCGUGCGCAUGGCGUUUGACCCGCGCGCUCGCCCCCAGGGCGGACAGGCCGCCACGCAGUUCAUGAUGCGGCUGGAGUUCAUGAUGCGGCUGGAGUUCAUGAUGCGGCUGGAGGUGCCAGAGGGGGCAGCAGCAGAGCUUCCAAUGGAGUACAACCUCGCAUUCACACCCGACCACGUGCCCAUGCACGUCUUCUCCGAGUCUGCCAGCGGUGAGUGCAGUGUUUGGCCGCACAAUAGCAUUGCAAGGCAAGGUGCCCCCUAUCCCCACAGCAUUGGAGCAGAGGUUUCACAGGCAGCCGCCCAGUGGGGACAGGGGGUACCGGCAGAUGCUAGAUGGCUGGAGGCACUCCCACCCUCACUUUCUCUCUUCCUGCCUACUGCCAUCUUACUCGAAUGGUCCUUCAUCUCACUCUAUCUAUCCCUGGCAGGCCGCAUUGCUCUGGAGGGCAAGGUGGUGCACAAGUUCGACAUGCAGUUGCCCAGCCGCAUUGCUCUGGAGGGCAAGGUGGAGCACAAGUUUGACAUGCAGCCGCCCAGUGGGGACCGCGGGUACCGGCAAAUGCUGCAGACGCGGGAGAAGAAAUGGAACACACCCAAGCGCACGCUGCAGGUGGGUUGGUGGGAGAUGGAGGGGGUUGAAUUUAAGAAUGUUGAGGGGAAAGGUAUGGGGGUGGGCAGGGGACCGAGGGUAUCGGCAGAUGCUGCAGACAUAGGAGAAGAAAUGGAACACACCCAAGCGCGCGCUGCAGGUGCGAGGGGAAUGGAGGCGGCUGGGAAUUAG